UGCCAGCAUUAGGGGCUGUCUCUACACGAUGGCUGGAGGCACAGGAUAGCUUUGAAUGUUGCUUUGCAGAACCUUCUUGAGAUUGUGUCAAAAUGGAACGUGAGUGUAUGGAGAAGGUCAACAAUUACUGUCAAAAGCAGAAGCUUACACUGGUUUAUGCGGACGUCAGGAAGACCGGCCCAUCUCAUGAUCCUGAGUUCACAGUUGUGGUUAAAAUAAAUGAUGUAGAAUAUGGUACAGGCACUGGUAAAAAUAAGAAGGAAGCGAAAGCAGUAGCAGCAAAAAAAACCUGGGAAAUGAUUCAGAAACAGCCAGAGAGUCCUUCAAAUAUGCAAGCUGCAGAAUUAAUGACAAGUCCAGUGACCUUAUUACCUGCACAAGCCAACGACUAUGUCAGCCUACUAAAUACGUAUUCACAAAGGACGUUGCAAAUAGUCGAUUAUCCUAACAAAAAACGUGCUGGAGAUGCCCAUGCUCCCAUGUUUUCUUGUAGCUGUACAAUUGGUGGUUUUGUGUAUGGAAUUGGCACUGGAACUUCUCUAGCUGCUGCAAAACAAGCUGCUGCAAAACAAGCAUUUGAGAAGCUAAAUCAGCAAGAUGCUCUAAUAACAGGAAGUGAAAAACCUAAUGGCAGUUCUACAUUUAGCAAAGAUAGUGAUUCCAAUCAAGUGACAACCAAGUCUGAUAACAGCAGUAUUUGCUUUGAAAACUCAGCUGCAAAGUUGGUAGAAAAAAUGGAUGACAUGGCAAUGUAUGAAAAGCCUUCACCCUCUCAGAGAGCUGCACAAAGUUCUGCCCUGAAAUUCAAAAGAAAAUUGGCAGCUAAUUUUGAUAAUGCAAGAAACGAGGAAGAGAAAAAAAAGAUGUCAGAUUCAGAUGAAAGUUUGCCAGAUUUGGACACAAAUAUCAGUGAGGAGAAUGAAACUCCAUACACUGUGAAUAAAAGAUUUCUUGAGAGUUUUAAAAAUAUAGAGCCUAUUGGUGAAGGUGGUUUUGGGAACGUUUUCAAAGCAACAGCAAAGCUUGAUGAGAGAACCUAUGCAGUCAAACGAGUUCAAUUCACAAAGAAUGUAAAGCGUGAAGUAAAAGAACUUGCAAGACUUGACCAUGAACACAUAGUGCGGUAUUAUUGUAGCUGGAAAGGGUGCGAUCAUGUAACUUAUCCAGACUCAAGGCAGAAGUCAGACAAAGGAAUUCUCUGUCUUUUCAUCCAAAUGGAAUUAUGUGAACAAGGGCCACUGGAAAACUGGAUUGAAAAGAACAGACGAGACCGAAAGUAUCAUGAGAUGGCACAAAACAAAUUUUUACAAAUACUGAAAGGAGUGGAAUAUAUUCAUUCUAAAGGAUUAAUUCAUCGAGACCUCAAGCCUCAGAAUAUAUUCAUAUCACAUGAAGAUAAAAUAAAAAUAGGUGACUUUGGUCUUGUGACUUCUGUGGCGUAUGGCACUCUGACUGAGAACAGAGGAACAAAAUCAUAUAUGGCACCAGAACAGUGCGGGGACAGCUAUGGAAUGGAAGUAGAUAUUUAUGCACUGGGAUUAAUUUGGUUUGAAAUUCUUUCAGCAUCCAGUUGUCAUGAGAAAAUGAAGGUAUGGCAUGACGUUAGAGAAGGUAAACUUCCAGAGGGUUUCACCAAUCAAUUUCUAACAACGGCAUCUAUAAUCAAAAAGAUGCUUUCAAAAGACUCUUCAGGAAGAUACUCUGCAUCUGAAAUACUCGAGUUUCUUAAGUCUGUUGAUAAAGACAAUUCACUUAAAACUCAUACUCAGUAAAUGCCCUUUUAAAAGGCUUUCAGACUGUGUUUAAAUCCAGAUUCUGAUGUCUGUUGAAACUGAUGAAAUAACAGCAAAUGCCAGAAGCAACAACAAGACUUAGGAUAUGUCUUCUCCCUGGUGUUUCACCUUCCUGUCAUUGAGGAGCUCAUCAGCCAAAAGGGUCACAUCCCCAUUCAUGCCCAUCAGCUGCAAACUAGGACAGCAUGCUUCUGCAAGCAAUCACUUGCAAUUUUUUUCACCUGGAAACACAGGUUGUGGAUGAGCUGAACUAUAUUGUACAAUUAAGUACAGGAACCUAGUCCUUGUCUCCUAGAAGAUUAAAUUGAUAUGGUGCUAACUGGCCUGUGGCAAAUCCCUGUAUGCAUGCUCUUAACAUGUGCUGCAUCCAGCUGCUAUCUAUUGCUUUCCAUGGAAGAAGUGCUGUCUUGUGGUAUGUGACUCAAACCUUUCUGAUUUGUUCAGUGAUGUUUUUAAUGAUUACUAGAACGCUCCCAUUAAUACCAAGACUAAUUUUGGUAGAAAAGAUACUAGGAAUAGGUGUGGGUUAUUCUUCACUGAAUUUCAGUUCUUUAAGGUGAACGUUCUUAUCUCUGCAAACUUGUUGAACACCUGCCACCUUCAGUGCUCUAGAAUUUAAAAAUACAUACUUUUGAAGUAAACAUUCCUUGAGAAGUUAAAUGUUAUGCAUUCAGGAAAUUUCUAGGAAAUCUAGUUUAGAUUUGUUCUAAACUUUUGAAAACCUUAGAUUUUGAGGGUGUGGCAUUUUUUUCCCGGAAAGGAACACUUAAGGUGCUCUUAAUAUCGCAAAAGUCUCCAGUUUCCUCAACAGUAACCAUUUGAAAUCCUGUGCUGACAGAGCACCUUAAACAUUCUCUCCCAUUCUGCUAGGUUUUAAUUCCUUAUUGUAAUACUGAGGUAUGCCCUAACCCUUAACAACCCUUACUGAGUGCAUCUGAUGGUCUUACUGUCAGCCCAAAAAAGGUUAACAGCAGUUUGCCUGUCACUCUUUAGUUGUACACUUCAAAGAGUUUAGACUUGCCUGGACUGGAAGAAUUGUGUGUGUGGUGGUGGGGAGCAGGGAGAAAAGACAGGCAAAUUAGUCCUUCAGAUGCUUGUCUUUGAGGUGUAUCUUGUCAAACUAUUCAUUGCUGUGGAGUCCAUGUAACUCCAUAGAGGUAAAUGAGCAGAGAUUACUAUAUGUGGUACCUAUUUUUCUGCUUAGAGAAGUACUGUAUGCUUUUUCUGAAAUGUUAAAUGGGUUAAAAGUGGGUGCUUAGUUAAAAGGAAUAUAAACAAAUGCAUAGUAAUUUUUACAUUCUUAUGGUAAUUACUGCUGAUCUGCUGCAAGUACUUGUUGCUAAAUAAAGAGUCUGAUUUUACAACCUUU